CCGCUGCAGCCCAAGCCCGCAGGCAGGCAGGCAGGCGGGCGGGCAAUGAACGGCUUCGGCCCCGAAGAAGUGACCCGCGGCGGGGGAGAAGCCGCCGCCGUCCCCGCUGUGGUCGCCAACGCCGCCGCCGCGGUGGAGGUCCUGCCGCCGCCGCCGCCUCUCCCGCAGCCGCCGGCCGGGCUCGGGGCUGCCUCCUCGGCCGCCGCGGCGACAGCGGCCGGCUCGGCUGGUCCCCCUGGGGCGGCCGGCCCCGUCGCGGGGCAGCUGUGUUGCCUGCGGGAGGAAGGCGAGCGGUGCAGCCGAGCUGCGGGCAACGCCAGCUUUAGCAAGCGCAUCCAGAAGAGCAUCUCGCAGAAGAAGGUGAAGAUCGAGCUGGACAAGAGUGCAAGGCAUCUUUAUAUCUGUGACUUCCACAAAAACCUAAUUCAAAGUGUACGAAACAGAAGAAAGAGAAAAGGCAGUGAUGAUGAUGGUGACUCGCCAGUGCAAGACGUUGACACUCCAGAGGUUGAUCUCUUUCAGUUGCAAGUAAACACACUCAGAAGAUACAAAAGGCACUUCAAGUUACAGACCAGACCAGGACUUAACAAAGCACAGCUUGUUGAAAUAAUUGGAUGUCAUUUUCGGACUAUUCCAGUGAAUGAAAAGGAUACCUUAACCUAUUUCAUCUACUCUGUGAAGAAUGACAAGAACAAAUCGGAUCUAAAAAUGGAUAGUGGUGUUCACUAAAUAAGCAAACUUGAGAAUUGCAGACCUAAAGACUGUUUUGGGUGUGCUGAAGCUUUCUUUGUAACUGCUAUCCAGAUGGAGAAUUCCGAUGUUAUUUUUCUUGGGAUAAGAUACUCAUAAAUGAGAUUUCCAUGGUAAAAAAUAUUUUAAAUAAAUAUUAUUGAUGCUGCUGCG